AUGUAUAUAUUAGCACAUAAUAAAGUAUCCAUCGGACUUAAAACUUGCCUCAUCAAUUCGCAUCACGUUGCUACACAUUUAGGCGCAAACGCCUAUGACGAUUUUAUUGAUAACCUGACAAGUUCGGAUUUUGCACUGGCAACCACCACAAUCAACUAUUUUUGUUCAAGAAUUCAAGCAAUUGAAUUGGCUGAAUUCUUGGACAAAUGUUGCAUGAAGAGAAGCCUAAGAAGUAAUCAUCAGAAAAACAGCAGUGUUGGGUCUUCGUAG